AUGCCGAAAAAACUGGCCGAGCCCUCGGGCAGCACGCUCGAGCUUACGCUCACGAAGCCCCACGCGCUCGGCGACUGCGGUACCUGCGGUGUGACUCUCGCAGACCAGUCGGGGAAGCGGAAGAACGGUGUCUAUGCGGUGGUGAUGGGCUCCACGUUCCGCGAGCGAACAAAGCACGUGGUAGUCACCUCUGCAACGGGCGCCGCGGCGGAGGCGGGCCUGCUUGUGCACGAUGAGCUCCUCGCCUUCAACAACGAGCCCAUUGAGUCGGUGCAGCACGCCGAGGGCCUCUUUCUGUCCGCGGCGAAGGGGCAGCACUGCCUGCGAGUGCGGCGCCUCGGCGCGGCCGUCCCACUAGUGGUUGGCAAGGGUAAGCUGCUGGCAGAUUUCAACGUCUCCAUCCAGGAGGAGUCAAAGGAUCGCAAGCUCCGCUUCCACGUCAAGCGGCUCAUCACAAUUGCGGUGCUCUUCACCAUGGAGGACAGCUCCAAGGUCUUUGCCAUCGGCAACAUUGAGCAGGUGGCCGUCGCCGACGGCACAGUAGACGCGCGCCGCGCCACUGGCAGCUCCAGCGCAGAGUACCUGCGCCAGCUCUCCAUGAGUCAGCGCAGCAACGGGGUCUUCAUCAACGACCCCAAGGGCCUCUUUAUCCUCCGGUGGUACCGUGAGAGCGUGCACAAGUACUACAAGCUGACGAGCGACAACGAUGGGGAGGCCUUCCGCUGGACCAGCAACUACCAGAUCAUCAGCAAGGUGUACCUGAAGAAGCACUCCACCCUGCCUCUCUGCUAUUCUCUCAGUGCGGCAGACAAGAAGAUGGUGACGUCCACCAUGAAAAAGAUGGUGGGACCGGAGGCAGAGUAG